CAUUUGACAUUGAAAAUACGGCAUUGCGUUUGAAGUUAGGAAAAAAUGAGGAGGAAAAAACGUCAUUAUGAGGUUGUUCUCUCUCCGCGUUUCGUCUGUCUAGAACAUUUCUCUACCAAUCAAAUAACAGGGCAAGAUCUCUUUCUCUCUCGAUGUCGGAGUCACUAGGGUUUAUCAUCUUUUCUCCAAAUGCCUCCUCUUUUUUCAUACUAAUCAAAUGCUGAAUCUUCCAUCUCCAUUUUUCACCUGAUUUCUUUGCCGGGGUUCCAGAAAUGUUUAAUUUUAAACUAAGAUGAGUAGCACGGAAUUAUCUAAUAUGAAGCAACCACUUGUUCCGCUGGCAACCCUGAUUGGCCGGGAGCUACGAAAUGGAAAAAACGAAAAGCCUUUUGUGAAGUAUGGGCAGGCUGGCUUGGCAAAGAAAGGAGAAGAUUACUUUCUAAUCAAGACAGAUUGUCAGAGAGUUCCUGGGGAUUCAUCAACACUGUUUUCUGUCUUUGCGAUCUUUGAUGGGCAUAAUGGUAUAUCUGCUGCUAUUUUUGCGAAGGAAAACAUACUAAGUAAUGUUAUGAGUGCAAUCCCGCAAGACAUCAGUAGGGAUGAGUGGCUUCAAGCUCUGCCUCGUGCUCUAGUUGCUAGUUUUGUAAAAACUGACAUAGAAUUUCAGAAAAAAGGGGAAACUUCUGGAACAACUGCUACAUUUGUUGUGAUUGAUGGGUGGACUGUUACUGUUGCGUCUGUUGGGGAUUCCCGUUGCAUAUUAGAUACUCAGGGAGGUGUUGUUUCUCUCUUGACAGUUGAUCACAGAUUGGAAGAAAAUGCAGAAGAGAGGGAACGCGUUACUGCCAGUGGUGGUGAAGUAGGUAGACUCAAUGUAUUUGGAGGCAAUGAGGUAGGGCCUCUUCGCUGCUGGCCUGGUGGAUUGUGCCUCUCUAGAUCAAUUGGUGACACAGACGUGGGAGAAUUUAUUGUGCCAAUACCACACGUUAAGCAAGUGAAGCUUUCAAAUGCGGGUGGAAGACUUAUUAUAGCUUCUGAUGGUAUUUGGGAUGCUUUAUCUUCUGAUACGGCUGCCAAGUCAUGCCGGGGUCUACCUGCAGAGCUUGCUGCAAAGCUGGUGGUUAAGGAAGCUCUAAGGUCAAGAGGGCUGAAGGAUGAUACAACUUGCCUUGUUGUAGAUAUUAUUCCUUCAGACCAUCCUGUGUUACCAACAAUUCCCAGAAAGAAACAUAAUAUGCUAAGUUCACUUCUCUUUGGAAAGAAAUCUCAAAACACUACGAACAAAGGUACCAAUAAGCUUUCUGCUGUUGGUGUUGUGGAGGAAUUAUUUGAAGAGGGUUCUGCAAUGCUUACAGAGAGGUUGGGUAAGGAUUUUCCGUCUAAUAUGAAUUCUGGGAUUUUCCGCUGUGCGGUUUGCCAAGCAGAUCAACCCUCUGGAGAUGGUUUAUCAAUGAACACUGGAUCUUUUUUCUCUCCAGCAUCUAAGCCAUGGGAAGGUCCAUUCCUCUGCACAAACUGUCAGAAGAAGAAAGAUGCCAUGGAAGGAAAAAGGUCUUCAGAGACAGCAUAGUAAUCUAGUAACAUAGUAAAUAUCAGUAUAAUUUUUCUCUGACAGUGUGAGCAUGCUUGCUUCUACAUUUGGGUGGUGAUUGUGGUAGGUGUGUAAGAGAUAGCCAAAUUAGGUUAUUGGAGGUUGUUGCAAGUUUGUUUUUGGCGUGUGCUCAGCUGUUGGAUUGACUGACUGAACAAGCAAUGUUGUCAAGUAGAUAACUUCUAAUACUUUCAUUACUAACCCAAAAUUUUAUGGUUACCUCUCUGUAGAGUUGUCUUCAA